AUGACCCGUCACCACCCGUACAAGGCAGCUUCGGAGAACGAAGGCACGGCCCGCGUGUCCAACCGGCGGACGGCCCAGGGCCGGGCCAAGGGCGGCCCAGGGCCAGGGCCAGGGCCAGGGCAACCGCCGCGGCGGACGGGGCAAGCAGGCAACCGCCGCGGCGGACGGGGCAAGCAGUCCGCUGGUGGUCGCCGUGGUGGCCGCAAGGGUGGCCGCCCGCUCAAGUCGGCGCCGCGCAAGAAGCUCACCGCUGAGGAGCUCGACGCUGAGCUCGCCCGCUACAUGAUUCGCGACGAGAAGCGCGGUGCCGCCCUGCUGGACGCCGAGCUCGACGCCUACAAGGCCGGCAAGGCUGCUGCCGAGGCCAAGGCUAAGGCUGAGGCUGAGGCCAAGGCCGCCGCCGAGGCUGCCGCCGCCGCCGAGGCUGCGGCUGCUGCUGAGGCCGCACCCGAGGCUGCCGCCGCUACUGCUGACGAUGACGAUGAUCUGGAGGCUGCGCCCGAGGCUGAGGACGCCUAGACGCACCACCCUCCGCCCGUCUGCCCGCUCGU